CACUCUUUUUGUUUCCUGUCACUGUGUUAUUCUGUGUGUGCAACUGUCUCUGUAGGCGUAUGUCUGUGUGUCUCUGGGUACAUGUGUGUGGCGUGUCCUUGUGUAACUAUCUCUGUGUGAUGUGUGUAACUCUGUGUGUGUGUGCCUCACUCUUACCACCCCUCCUGGCAGCCGCCUCUCUCUGCUGCAGCUCCAUCUGCUCUCACCUUUCCAGCCAGAAGCCCUUUGCCCUCCCAAUUGCCAUGCCCACGAGUGUUUGAAUAACACAGGGCAACAGGAGUGAACCUGAGCCCCCUGCUGCCCCCAUAGCGGCCAAACCCCUGACCCCACAAAAGGACCACAAAAUUCGGGAACCAGAGCCGGAGCAAAACAGUUAAUCUUCUAACUGAGCCCAGCCCAGUGUUGCAGAAAGGAAGAGGGUGGGACUCAGCUGUAUAAGAGGCGGUGGUGGCUAACUUUCUUUUACUUUCCCCUUUGACAUGCUGUCCUUCUUCGCCCGGGGAACCUGCCAAUGAAGACGCAGAGAAAUCACUCCGUAGCUGAUUGAGAACAGAGCUGGUGCGAGUGGCCAUGGAGGUCCUGAGGGCCAGGGACAAGAAGGACCUGGGAGACAAACUACUCCAGAGGGCAAGGACAGAGGAAAAGGUGGUGCCUCCCAGAUGCAAACUGGCCACGCUGACCCCAGAGAAGCCAACGCAGGAGAGGCCAUCCCGAGCUGUGCUGGAAAACCCCAGCUUCUCCCCAAUUGGACUUAUUUUGAUCUCUUCUACAUUUACAUUUAUUCCAAUCUACUCGCUGAUGCUGCUGUGUUGGGCAUUCCGGGCUGCAGACAGAACUCUCCACCUCUACCGGAUCCCCAAGAACCGUUCAGUAGAAAAGGCAAUUGAAGAACAUGAGAAGUGCCAGUCAAUUUCUGUGGACAAGCCUCCUCUCUUUGGAACUUGUCAUGGCAUGCCCGGUGUACCAGAUGCCGUGAUAAAUCCAUUGGAUUUGAAAUUUACCUGCGUAGGGUCUGAGAGCCAGCAGCCCUAUGCCAGGGACAUGGAAGAGGGAAUGCAGCUCAGCUUGUCAAAGCAAAAAUACUUCACAGGUGAAAGAGAAAGCAAAUAUCUCUGGACUGCCUCUCUGAGAGCAGGCACAAGCACAGGGAAAACAGCCAGAGAUCUCCUGGUAAACACCUUGGAUGACUUGAGAGAGAGCGAGUUGAAGAACUUCAAACACAAACUGACUGACAUUGAUCUGAAGGAGGGAUACGACCACAUCCCUAAAGGGAAACUGGAGAAUGCAAAGUCUCUAGAGAUCACUGACCUCUUGAUCGGACACUACACAAUGGAUAAUGCACUGGAGGUGACCACGAUAGUGCUGGAAGCCAUCAACCGGAAAGACCUGGCAAGGAGAUUAAGAGGUGUAACAAGGACUGGGGACGUGAAACAUCCUGCAUCAGGGUCUGAUCCUCCCACUGGCACAAGCACAGGGAAAACAACAAGAGAUCUCCUGGUAAACAUCUUGGAUGACUUGAGAGAGAGCGAGCUGAAGAACUUCAAACGCAAACUGACUGACAUUGAUCUGAAGGAGGGAUAUGACCACAUCCCUAAAGGGAAACUGGAGAAUGCAAAGUCUCUAGAGAUCACUGACCUCUUGACUGGACACUACACAAUGGAUUAUGCACUGGAGGUGACCAUGAUAGUGCUGGAAGCCAUCAACCGGAAAGACCUGGCAAGGAGAUUAAGAAGCGUAACAAGGACUGGUCAGGAAUCAGCCUGGCUGUGCCUCCGUGUACCUCAAGGUGUUAUCCACAAAUACCCAUAUUCACCACCGUUAUAUAAUUACGAUAAGUUUUGUACAAUGCAUGCCUUGCAAGAUAUUUUAAAAGUCUUGCUGUCUUGAACAUUAAUAUCCUGUUGGAUUGUAUAUGUUCUCAUGAUAUGUGAAGUUUUGCUAUGUGUCUGUUACUGAAAUAUAUUGUGAGGUUGGGAACAUCCCAACCAGCCUUUCAGGUACAACAGUGGAGAAGCCAGACAGUGGUUAAUGAUUCAUCCACACCUAUCAAGGAAAGUGCGCCCACGUACUGGCCUGUGGACGAGCAUCCGCCGAAAUGCCGAUUAUCGGUGGUAUUUCAGUGGCAACGCCUCUUGACGUUGCUGCUUGUCGGUGGAAUUUUGGCGGAUCAUCCACCGUCAUGGUCCUCCGUGCUCAUCGACUGUCACCUGCCAGACGAAAAAGGUUGGGGACCACUGGUCUAGAGGACAAAGACAUUGAACUGGGGAAGGGUGGUCUCAGGCUGGAAAGAGUCCCAGUCUGUGUAUUGAGGAUCUGUGACCUGUUUGUACCAUCCUUCAGGGUGAGACACUGCUUGAUUCAAAUCCUAUUUAGUUUGUAGAACUCAGAGUGCGAAUAUAUUUUUAUUUUUAUUUCUUAAGUAACCAGCUUUGAUCUCGACACUUGCUACUUAUAAUCACUUAAAAUCUACCCUUUUGUAAUCAAUAAACCUGUUUUAUUUUUUACCUAAAACAGUGUGUUUUGGCUGAAGUGGUUGGGAAAUCUCAGCUCAGUUUACAAAGACUAGUGUGUAUCCUCUCCACAGUGAGGGAGGGGUGGAGUCGGUAAUGAACUCACACCAGGCAGGCUUCUGAUCAGUGCAAGACAGCACAGUUCUGGGGUGCAUGACUGGGGAACUGGGUGGAAUUAGCUAGAACCUCCCUAUUGUUGGUUCAUGAGAGGCUAGGAGCUCAUUCAUGUAACUCAGCUGGGUGUGUCCCUGCCUGUGGAUGUCUUUGUCAGUGCAGUGCCUGUUAGAGGUUUGUGGCUUGACACAGCAACACAGAGUGAGAGGGACAGUCCGGGUUGGGAAAGAGGGCUCAGCGGUCCCGCAGUCAGGUUGCACCCCAGGGACCCAUCGCAGAGGAGCUCAGCCUUGUUUCUAUACAGGGAGCCCACUGCAUUGUCUUCUUAGCAGAGCAGACCCAGAAGCCCAUGGAACUCAGUAUCCUGUCUCUGACAAGGGCCGGAACCAGUGCUCAUUAUCCACAUAAAUGUCUAAUCCUUCUUGAAUUCUGCUAGGUUCUGGGCCUCAUGUGUACCUUGUGUCAGGGAGCCGUCAGGACUUAAAACUAGUAUUAUUAUUUUAUACAAAGCCCAAUUAGCUUUGAUCCAUUCUUAAAUUUACUGCCUUUCGGUUCAAGUGUCCCCCUGUUCUUGUAUUAUAGAAAAGCGUGACUAGAGGUGCCCAGCCCACCUUAGGUUUACAGAAUGUCACAGGAAUAUUUUCAGUAUUAUUUUCCGUUCCUUAUGCAGCCAACUCAUUUGUUGUUGUAUUUUUUAGUAUUAAGCCUCAUUAUACUUUGCAAGAUCAGGUAUCAAGGUCAGUGUUUCUCAUAUAUUUACAUGGCCAUUAGCAGUUUUAUUCUAUAAAAAAUAGUCCGUGUUAAUAAAUAGUAAAAAUGCACUGUUAACAUCUAGAACAUCCCAGAAUGGCAAUGAUAAGGAGGACAGGUGGAACUCUAACUCUGCUCCUUGUUGUCUUUGCUUUACAAUGCAGGGGGAUUUUCAAGCAUCCCUUCCAACUGUUGACCUGUCCCCCAUCCCAAACUGCUGCUACAUCUCGCUGCUCCCAGGGAAAAGGUCUCUGAUUUCUGAUCCAUCCCCUAGCACUAAACCACUGAUGCUGCCCUCCUGCUGGUGAUUGUGCAUCUGUCCAUACCUCAGACCCAACUCUGGCUGCCUCUUGGCCUGUUGCAGUGCAGGCAAGAGCUACAAGCAAAGAGGCAACCAGGUGACUGUGUUAAGCUGGCAAUGUUCCUGAGAGGGUCAGCAUUACAGCUAGCUAUCUUGGACUCUGCAGCAUUAAUCCUCACACUGACUGUCAGUACAGCUUCUCUUUCAUAGCCUCAGACACCCAGACGGCCUGGCCAUAGACUGUAGUGGAGAACAUGAUGUCACA